AGAGAAAGGAGUAGUAUUCUCGAGUCGGAAUGGCAAUCUGCCGUCUCGACAAGCACAGAAAACCUAGUCAGCAUCGACUGCACCGUCGACACGGAUGUAUGCGCCGAGGCCGGCGUACAGUCCAUACCGGAAAUCCACCUCUUCCGAGGCAGCGAGCCGGUAAACCGCUACCACGGCCCCCGAAGGGCGACGACGAUCCUGCACUUUGCGGGCCGGCACAGGCGCCCGGUCGUCUCCCAAGUCACGGCCGAGACGUCGGCGGGCUUCAAGACCGCGGACGAGGUCACGUUCCUUGCGUACAUCGACGCCGGCGACGAGUCGUCCCGGGAGGCGUUCGCGAGGGUCGCCGAGCGUUACCGGGGAGAGUUUACCUUUGGGCUGGCAUCUGGGGUCGACCCACCAGAUGGCGUUGCCAGACCCGCGGUGGUCUGCUACAGGGCCAUGGACGACGACACGGCCACCUUGUCGUCGUUCGAAUCGGCCGCCGAUGACCUUGAAGACUGGGUAAAGGAGGCUUCCCGACCCGCUAUCGGGGAACUGACCAUCCUGAACCAGCAGAGACUCCUUGACCGCGGCCGCCCCAUGAUCUACCUCUUCUCGCCCUCCGAGCCGGACCGAGCCGACCUCCGGAGGACCCUCCACAGGCUAGCCAAGGGCAACCGCGAGUCGCUGACGGCGGUGACGGUCGACCCGCUCGACUUCCCGGACCUGCAGGAGGCGAUGGGCCUCGGGCGGCGCGGCGACGGCGACGGCGGGCCCUACCCGGCCGGGGCCGUGCACCAGCUGUCCACGGACCGCGUCUACCCGUACCCCAGGGGGAGGGCCGUCACCCCUAGCGAGCUCCAGAGGUGGGGGUUGGAUGUCAUCCAGGGCCGGGUUACGCCCUGGAGGGCGGGGGCGCCGGGGGAGGAGGCCGCGGGGGCGCGCGGGGGCGGCGCCGGCGGUGGUGGGGGCGGACGUUCCGGGGUCAAUAUCAAGAUCAGGGUUGCUGGACGUGAUGAGCUUUAG